GCGACAAAUUACACGGUCAAAUGGCUGUCAUUUCGGACACAAUACACGGUACUCGUGUCCACAAGAGUAAAUUCUGUCUGGUCACUGGUGCGUCUUAAUGAUUAGAACUAACAGGGAAUACAAAGGCAACAAUAGAUUUUAGCCAUGAUAGUUAAAUCAAGCAAAUCGAUAACAUUUGUACAAUAUACCUCUUAUUUCUAGACAUCAUUUCGGUUCAGUUUAACACCAGCAGUUGAUGGACAGGAUUCAGAGCUUGUUUUAUGUACAAUUCCCGUAGAAGUUAUGACGUCACGUCAGUUGUACCGGGCACUUGUCAUUCUAUACUUCGUGACGUCAGUGAGCACGUGUCCCCACAAUGACGCCACUUUAUCCCGAUGGAGUGACGUCACUACAUGGCCAGAUAACAAGCUUCCAGAAGCCGGAGCUAACGUCAGCAUCGCCGGCAAUGUACUCUUGGACAUGUCACCUCCGUCAUUGUUUGGAGUAACGGUGGAGACAAAUAGCAAACUCGUGUGGAGUCCAGAGGGAGAUUUUACGUUGAUUACAAACUUCAUUCAUUUGAAAGGAGAGCUCCACAUUGGUUCCGAGACCUGUCCAUUUGAGGCAAACGCUCGGAUUUCUUUGACGGGUGAUCGACAAGGAUACUCGGUACCAAAUUUUGGUCAGAAGUUUGUGGGAGUUGACGAUGGAGGAACACUAGAAAUCCACGGUAAAAAGAAACAAGCAUGGACCAAGCUAACACACACCGUUCCCAGACUACAGAAAACCAAUGGCUUGGUCUUUUUCUCUACAGAUGAUCGUCCACCUCGACAGCAACAAGAGGGACUGGCCAUUUACACGUUUAACCCUGAUGGCGGACUCUUCAGUAAUAAAAUGUACUCUACCAGCGGAGUGACGUCUGCUGAGGCGACGGCGACUGUAACCGAGAUCGUCUCUCACCUGUCGGGUAUUCCCGUUGGCAAAGUUGUCAUGAUUGGGGUUCAGUACACAAUGGUUUCGGACCAAAUACAGACUGAUUUCUCUCCUGUCUAUGAUGCCAUUGAGACAAUAGCUGGUAUUCAGCAAGGUCAAGGUCAGAUAAGACGUAUUGGGAGAUUCGACGCUUAUGCUCUAGCUACUGUAAAAGGUGACCCAACGAAAACAAUGGAGACACUGACCCCUGUCAAUCACUACUAUCAAACAGCAGAGGCCAGUGUGGAAAUCAAUGACCUUAAGAUGGUAGCAAUAAGUAAAACUACGUCGAAAGACAUAACGGUAUGGCAAAAUCACAGGGUCGAGUUUAAGGUGGUGACUAAGACAGCUAGCAUUCUUCUUCUGGAUCUUGUUGAUGACGUUAGUUCAUGGCAAGAAGGUGAUCGCCUGUUACUGACCUCGACUGACUACAACAUGGAAAAAGCGGAAGUAGCCACAGUUGCUAGCUGUAAUGACUGCACCAGUAAACAAGUCAAGGUUGAAUUCCUUCCGAAAUAUAUGCACUACGGCGGGGUGGAAAAUAACGUCGAUAUGAGAGGCGAGGUGGCGCUACUGUCGCGAAAUAUCGUUAUAGAGGGCAUCAUGAAUUCAUUUUGUCCUACUGUUAACGGUAACUGUGACGACUACGCAUACGACACAUUCGGUGGGCACGUGAAGGUUCUUAAAGGAUUUACCAACGUACAUAUCGAGGGAGCCGAAUUCUACCAUUUAGGCAAACAGACGGACCUAGGUCACUACCCGAUCCAUUUCCACAUGUGUGAGGAUGUGGAUAGUCCGGAGUAUCCCAAGCCAACCUAUAUCCGGGAUAACUCUAUCCACCACACCUUCGGUAGGUGUGUCACGGUCCAUGGCACACACGGUCUUGUGUUAAUGGACAAUGUGGGGUACGAGUCUCUUGGUCACUGCUAUUUCUUGGAGGACGGCGGGGAAAAGAGAACACUUUUUGAUGGAAAUCUCGGAGCCAGUACCAGAAAAGGCUUGCUUAUAUCAUCGGAUAGCGAACCAACCACGUACUGGAUCACCAACCCCAAUACAAUAUUACGGAACAAUGUCGCCGCCGGAAGUGAGGAUAAGGGGUACUGGUAUCUUUAUCCCGAUGUCCCACUUGGUCUGUCCGCUACCAAAGGUUUCAUGCAGAGAGAGGAGGCUCAUUAUACCGCCAUCACGGAGUUUACCAACAAUAUCGCUCAUUCGAACAAGGAUGGCCUUUUCAUUGAUAACAGCCUGGAUGAAAAUACCGGUGAUAUCGUAACAGCUCAAUUUUACCUCCCGAAGGAAAAUCCUCUUGAUAAAACAUCUGCUGACAAACACGUCAUCCUCGACAGACUUACUGCUUACCAGAACGGACGGAAUGCAUGGAUCAAGGGAGGCUGGCUCACUCUGCAAAGGGCCUCACUAGCCGGGAGCGUCACAUCAUUAGUUCUUGUCGGGGCGUUUAAUCAAAAACAGUUCCUUUCAAAAAGCGUGGUUCUGGGGGAGACUGAGAACGUCGGCGACCCAGAAUGGGGGUUUGGUAUUGAAGGGAAACGAAUGCUACAGCGGUCUGUGCCACGGAGAUAUGAUUACAACAUGCCUAUUCAAGGUGUGGCGUUCUAUGUUGGACCGUCAUAUGUGUUCGAUACGUUCUUUGGGAAUUUUACAUCGGAUCAGUACAGGAAGGCGGGUGCCCUAGGUUACAAGAGACACAACAAAGUCAGUACCUCACCGAUCAGUGGCAGCAAAAACGUCAAAUUUGGAUUCGCUGACUCGCUCCUCACGGGUAACAGGGUGUAUGAUGGUAACAGUAGCAUACACGGGUUCGACGAUCUAGAUGGCGACCUUGCCUCCAAGUUUGUAGAUAUAGACGGAUCGGUCACGUCACUCGCCGACAGUACUGUUGUUAGGUCCGACCCGUAUAUGGUAACACCCCAGUGCAUAUUCCGUGAUUCAUGGAACCUGAUGAUGUGUCCGCACAGGUAUAUAGAGAUGAAGUUUUCAGUCAGGUCUACGGGGGAUAAAGCACUGAGGCCGUUUGCAUCACGUGACGAUGUACCUGAAUACCCCAGACAUCUGACGUCAUCUGCAAAUGAGUUCACAAAUAGUUUCUCAAUGAUUGCGGACGGACAGCACAGUUACUCAAUUCACUGGGCUGAUAGAUCACCCUCAGAAUAUCAGAUAACGAUGCGUGGAAUGGUAAGUGAUUUCCCGAUACGCAUUGGUUUCUGUCUGCCACGUGACGCUAAUUUCAACAUUAUGUCAUGGUAUCCUAAAAUCGCCUGGGGUACAGCAGCCUGGACCAAAGUUAACAGCAUACAAGAUAUAGAUGAUGAUACUGUAGGGGCAAAGUACUACUUCAACAGCAACACAGGGAUGCUGUAUGUGAAGAUGAUGACCUUGGAGGAUCGCGCGACAAGAAACUACUACGAUUGUACGAGUAACACGUGCCCUAACUUACGUAUACGUAUCACACAAGGGAAUCUGUCUGACGCAGAUUGCAGCCAACGAGAUACACCCACCCCACCUGCCCAGGAAACGAUCGCUAACCCAUCAGAUCAGACGAACAAAUUACAAAAUCCAAUGGACACGUAUUACAGCGGACCAGACCAGGACUGGGGAGCAGGACUUACUCAUCCCUUCACCUCGCGAGAAGUGGUAGACGGUGGAUAUAACGAGUGGACUGAAUGGUCGGAAUGCAGCGCUAUGUGUGGAGGUGGAAAGACUGGUAGGAAUCGGGCAUGCGACAAUCCGAGUCCAAAAAAUGCAGGACAUGACUGUGUCGGUCCUAACCAAGAGUCAAAAGACUGUAACAUGCACCUAUGCCAUGAAGAGUCGCCGAGACCGUUUCGAUUUUUCGGGAUUUUUGGAAAAUAAUUAGUGCACUCAGCUGGAAAAUUCAUCAUUUGUAACGGCCAUAAUGAACGAUCACGUCUCCAAUCACGGCGUCAACUGGGCGAUAGGAAAUCACCAGGAACAUGAAUCAAUAUGGCGGACACGGCAAUAUAGUUAUCAACCUAUCAAUAAAAGAAAUUGCAUACGA